GUGCGUGCUUUGCUUAGAUUGCUCCCGGUUGCCCCGAUAUAUAAGAAAGCUCUCUCUCUCUCUCUCUCUAUCUAUCCCAGUCCUUGUUUCUUUUCUCCUCUCUGCAGUUCCGUUUUUUGGUUUUUCUUUUCCUUGUUGCCUCCCUCCCUCUACUCUUGCAUGCUCGAAACACACGGGGCACGAAGCACUCGCGCCUCAUUGAUUACCAUAGAAAAAAGUUCCCUCCCCUUGCAUGAUGCGCCUCGCUGUUAGUGCCCCCGUCGCCCCAUGAAGUUUGUGCAUUGAAAGAUCAUGGGUCCUGGCAGAAACCUGAGGAAGAAGAGGAAGAGAGAGAGUAUGAAGAAGAGGAGUGAAGCGGAUGUUUCUGCUUCUGGGUCUUCUCAGAAGGAGGAGUCUGCAGAUUGGUUUGGCGAGUUCUGCAGAAGAAGCAAUGGUCAUCUUCCUUCAAAGAAUGGACUGGAUGAGUUCAAAUCCGUUUUUGGAAUUUCCAAGAGAACCUUUGAUUACAUAUGUUCACUUGUAAAGGAAGAUAUUACAGCCAAGCCGGCGAACUUAGUAUUCAGAAAUGGCAGGCCUUUAUCUUUACAUGACCAAGUAGCCAUAGCUUUGAGAAGGCUGAGCUCUGGAGAGUCACUCAUAACCGUAGGAGAUUCAUUUGGCCUGAACCACUCAACUGUGUCCCAAGCUACUUGGCGUUUUAUUGAAGCCAUGGAAGAGAGGGCAAGUCAUCACCUACGUUGGCCCUCCACUACAACGGAAACAGCAAACACAAAAGCCAAGUUCGAGAAGAUGUGCGGCUUGCCUAAUUGCUGCGGUGCCAUUGCUUUUACUCACAUCUUGAUGAACUUGUCCACAUCGGACCCCAAUAGUACCUUGUGGCUCGACCACGAGAAGCAUUACAGUAUGGUCUUGCAAGCAAUAGUGGACCCAGAUAUGAGAUUUCAAGACAUAGUCACUGGAUGGCCAGGGGGUAAAAUGAACAGAUGGUCAGUCUUUCAGAAUUCAGGCUUCUAUCAACUGUGCAACCAGGGACAGAGAUUGAAUGGGAACACAUUCGAGCUUUUGGAUGGAUCAAAGGUGAGGGAAUAUGUUGUCGGGGGCUCAGGCUAUCAGUUACUUCCUUAUCUCAUCACGCCAUAUGAAGGGAAAGAAUUUUCUGAACCAAGAUCCGAGUUCAACAGGCGGCUCAUUGCAGCUGCAGGGGUGGCAGAGAGCGCACUCGCAAGGUUGAAGGACUCUUGGAGGAUCAUCCGUGGAGUCAUGUGGAGACCCGACAGACACAGGUUGCCGAGGAUUAUUCUGGUUUGUUGCCUUCUUCACAAUAUCGUCAUCGACAAGGAAGAUGAAGUUCAGGACAUGACGACAGUGUCUCACCAUCGUGAGUCAGGAUGGCCCCAGCAAACAUGUGGAGUAGGCGACAUUAAAGAUGCAUCUCUGAGAGAUAGACUCUGUUUUCACCUGACUGGAGGCCCUCCACCUUAAAUAUUUUAGCUCAAUCCAUGAGGCCGAUUCCCCCUAGUUCCAAGUUGCUGGUUGCCGGUUUUGAUAUUGUAAGUUCGAAGGAUUGAAGCAGGAUCACUUUUAAACUGACAUUAUGGAGAUAAAAUCAGAUAUAUGCUUGAUUGAUCGCUGUUUUCAUCUCUGGGAAUGAUUGUUUUUUUGUCA